CCUAUCCCAGACGGACAGGCUGUUGGUUUGUUUUGACGUCUUUUAAAUCCAGUUAACAACUGCUUUUUUUACUGGGACGUUAAUAGGAAUUCGUGGUUUACCUGGUCUGGAUUCCCGUUUUGAGAAGAAAGAGUGCGGAUGGAACUUCUCUCAUCUUGACGUCAGCUCGGGAGUGGAAGUCAUCUGGAAUUACAUAUUCCGCCUCAGCGCUACUGUGGUACCUGGAAUCUAAGAUUAGAAGAGUUUUGUGGAGGAUAAUUUAUUUUAAAUGGAUUCUUUCUUCGUAAAGGGAGCCCUUGUCUGGCUGCGGGACAAAGAUCAGCUCCUUCCUGCUACUGUCAGCUCCUGUUACCACGACGAUGGAUCCCUGGUCCUCACCACCAACUAUGAGAAGGUGAUGUACCUGCAGCAGGGGGAGCUGAGCAGAGACAAGGUGUUUCCUAUGCACCCCACCAGUAUUAAUGGAGUAGAGGACAUGUCUACUCUGGCAGAACUACAUGAAGCUGCCAUCAUGUACAACCUUUACCUGCGCUACCAGAAGGACUGCAUCUAUACCAACAUAGGGUCAAUCCUGGCAGCUGUGAACCCCUACAAGCAGAUCCCAGGUCUGUAUGACCCAGCAGCAGUAGACUUGUAUAGUAGACACCACCUGGGAGAGCUACCUCCUCAUAUCUUCGCUGUGGCCAACGAGUGUUACCGCUGUCUCUGGAAGAGACACGACAGCCAGUGUGUUCUCAUCAGUGGAGAGUCAGGAGCAGGGAAGACAGAGAGUACCAAGCUGCUGCUCCAGUUCCUGUCUGUGAUGUCACAGAAGUCUGCCGGGACAGCCCCCUCUGAGAGGAGCACCCGCGUGGAACAGGCCAUCGUUCAGAGCAGCCCCAUCAUGGAGGCGUUUGGGAAUGCCAAGACGGUGUACAACAACAACUCUUCCCGCUUUGGGAAGUUUAUCCAGCUCCACUUCUCCCAGAGUGGGAACAUCCAGGGAGGCUGUAUCAUCGACUAUUUACUUGAAAAGAACCGUGUGGUGAGGCAGAACCCUGGAGAGAGGAACUAUCAUAUCUUCUAUGCUCUGCUGGCCGGGGCAGACAAGAACCACAGAGAGUUGUACUUCCUGUCUGAGGGCCCAGAGUCAUACCACUACCUGAGUCAGUCUGGCUGUGUGAAGGACAGGAGUCUAGAUGACCUGCAGCUCUAUGACAGUGUUAUGGAGGCUCUAAAGGUGAUGCAGUUCAGUGAGGAGGAGAUACGUGACGUCUUCAAGCUGCUGUCUGCUGUUCUCCUGAUGGGGAACAUAGAGUUCAUGACCGCAGGAGGAGCACAAAUCACAUCCAAAGGAGUGGUCAGUAAUGUCAGUGAUCUGCUGGGCCUGGACUCGUUCCAGCUGUCUGAGGUUCUGACCCAGAGGUCCAUGAUCCUGAGAGGAGAGGAGAUCUGUUCACCCCUUACUGUUGAACAGGCGGUGGACUCUCGGGACUCGGUUGCCAUGGCGUUGUACGCCCAGUCUUUCUCCUGGAUUAUCACACGGAUCAACCAGAAGGUCAGAGGGAAGGACAACUUCAAGUCCAUCGGCAUCCUCGACAUUUUCGGCUUCGAGAACUUUGAGGUGAACAGGUUUGAACAGUUCAACAUCAACUACGCCAACGAGAAGCUCCAGGAAUACUUCAACAAACACAUCUUCUCCCUGGAACAGCUGGAGUACAACAGAGAGGGGAUCCAGUGGGAAGCUAUAGACUGGAAGGAGAAUGCAGAGUGUCUGGACCUCAUUGAGAAGAAACUGGGCAUGUUGGCUCUGAUCAACGAGGAGAGUCGCUUCCCUAAAGGCACCGACUACACCCUGCUAGAGAAACUACACAGUAGACACGCUACUAACCAGUACUACAUGAAGCCCAGAGUGACUGAUCACCAGUUUGGCAUCAAGCACUAUGCUGGAGAGGUUCUGUAUGACGUCAGAGGGAUCCUCCAGAAGAACAGGGACACCUUCAGAGAUGACAUCUUAAACAUGCUUAAAGACAGCAGGCAUGACUUCAUCUAUGACCUGUUUGAGCGUGUCGGGAGCAGGAACGGAGAGGAGACCCUGAAGAUGGGGACGGCCAGACGCAAACCCACCGUCAGCUCUCAGUUCAGGGACUCUCUCCAUUCCUUGAUGAACACUCUGAGUGCCUCCAACCCUUUCUUUGUGCGCUGCAUCAAACCCAACAUGAACAAGAACGCCAACAUGUUUGACCCAGAAGUGGUCCUGAACCAGCUGAGGUAUUCUGGGAUGUUGGAGACCGUGAAGAUCCGCAGGGCUGGGUUCCCUGUCCGCAGGACCUUUACAGACUUCUACAGCAGGUACAUGAUGAAAGACAACCGUCCGACAGAUGACCCGAGAGGGAGGUGUACAGAGCUGCUGAUGUCAUACGACCCUGCCAAGAGAGACUGGCAGCUGGGGAAGACUAAGGUGUUCCUGAAGGAAGAGCUGGAACACCGGCUGGAGAAGGAGAGGGAAGAGGUGCGGAGACAGGCGGGCAUGGUGAUCCGGGCGCACAUACUCAGCUAUGUGGCAAGGAAGCACUAUAGGAGGGUCCUGACCAGCACCAUCACCAUCCAGAAGAACUACAGGGCUCACUUCUGGAGACGCGUGUUCCUGCGGCUCCGUGCUGCAGCUGUCCUUCUCCAGAAACACCAACGUGGUCGGCUGGCCCGAGGCCUCUAUCAACAGCUCUCUGAGGAGAAAAGGAGGAGGGAGGAGGAGGAGAGAAGGCAGAGGGAGGAGGAGGAGAGGAGGAGUAGGGAGGAGGAGAGCAGGAGGCUGGAAGAGGAGACGAGACGAGAGCAGGAGGAACGGAGGAGGAGGGAGGAAGAGGAGGAGGAGCGGAGAAGGAGAGAGGAAGAGGAGCGGAGAAGGAGAGAGGAAGAGGAGGAGAGACAAAGGGUGUUAGAGCUGGAGGAGUUGAGGAAGGAGGAGGAGAGACUGAGACUACAACAGGAGCAUGAAGCACUGAGUAGAAAAGAGGAGGAGCUUAGCAACGGACAGGAAGAGAAGAAAAACACUACAGCUAACAACAGGAACUCCCUGAGGAUGGAGUAUCUUGCUCCUCAUGAGGAGGUGUACCACAAGGAGGUGUCCCUGUCCCACUCCCUGCACCCCCACACCUCCGAGGAGGAGUCCCGUCAGAUGGAGGAGAUCCUUCGACUGGAGAAGGAGAUUGAGAGGCUGCAGCGCCAGAAGGAGGACGGGGUGUCCAUGUUAGGGGACGGCCUGGGAGGGAACGGGGAGGAGCUCCGGCAGAGGAGGGACGCAGAGAUCUACCGGCUGGAGAAGGAGGCGUCUCGCGUGGCUACAGAGUUCCUGGAGCUCCUGGACUUUGGGGGUCUGGAACAGAGUCUGUCCAGCGAGGAGAAUCUCCACGACCCCUCAGAGAGCACCGCUCCUCUGGGCCGGGCCGAGGAGGAGGUGGAGGAGGUGGAUGAGGGCUUCCAUGCUAAGGAGGAGUGUCCCGGUAGUGGUAUCCCCCUUCCUGACUUUCCUCUCCCUGCGGAGAUCCCUCUGGACCAGGAGCUCUUCUCCUCCCUCCCUCCUCCUCCUCCGGCCUUCGCUGAGGGACUAGUAGCACAGGCCCUGGCCCUCUCACAGGCCCCAUGUUGCCCCCCUGUUUACUACCCCCUCACCUCCUAUGGAUCUAGUGUCCCUACACACCACCCUGCUCCACCUCCUCUCCCUGCCCUCACCACCGGAGGAGGUAAAGCUUUGUGCCACCAACCCACCAGGAGAACAGAGGUGGCUCCAGACAUCAACAGAGUACCCAGAAGAUUCGAGGUUAUACCCAACAGACCCUGCGCCAGGGUAGACGUUAUGCCCACCACAGUCCCUGAGGCUGUGCCAGUGAGAAGAGGAGACGUGGCUCCCUCUAGGGUAGACUUUAUGCCCACUGUGCCUGUCCCAGGAUCAGACUGUGACCAGGAGGAGUUUGAGGAGGUGCAGGGGAGUACAGGCUCGGGAGACGGAGCCAGUAUCACGGACGGACAUGCAACUGACGAGGAGGUGCUGAGGAAAUCAUCCUGUACUCAGAACAGCCUGGACUCCUUCAGAGGCAGCUCAGACUCUAUCGAUAUGCUGAAACAGAUCGAUAUACUGAAACAGAUUGAUAUACUGAAACAGAUUGAUAUACUGAAACAGAUUGAUAUACUGAAACAGAUUGAUAUACUGAAUCAGAUUGAUAUACUGAAACAGAUUGAUAUACUGAAACAGAUCGAUAUACCGAAACAGAUCGAUAUACCGAAACAGAUUGAUAUACCGAAACAGAUCGAUAUACCGAAACAGAUCGAUAUACCGAAACAGAUCGAUAUACCGAAACAGAUCGAUAUACCGAAACAGAUCGAUAUACCGAAACAGAUCGAUAUACUGAAACAGAUCGAUAUACUGAAACAGAUCGAUAUACUGAAACAGAUCGAUAUACUGAAACAGAUCGAUAUACUGAAACAGAUCGAUAUACUGAAACAGAUCGAUAUACUGAAACAGAUCGAUAUACUGAAACAGAUUGAUAUACUGAAACAGAUUGAUAUACUGAAACAGAUCGAUAUACUGAAACAGUUCUACAAACUGAAAAGUUCUAGCAGUGACACAAGCACCGAUGGUUAUGUGGACACAGACGAGGAGGUCUCCAAUGGAAGGGUCAAUAUACUGAACGGCUCUGGGCCUCCAUACUUUCACAGCUACCUCUACAUGAAGGGUGGACUGAUGAUCCCGUGGCGACGGAGGUGGUGUGUGUUGAAGGACGAAACCUUCAUGUGGUUCAGGGCUAAGCAGGACAGUCUGAAGAGUGGCUGGCUGUAUAAGAAGGGAGGUGGCAUGUCCACUCUGUCCAGACGGAACUGGAAGCUGCGCUGGUUCGUACUGAGAGACGAUAAACUCAUGUACUUUGAGAGCGACAGCGAGGAGAAACUGAGGGGGACCAUCGACAUCCGCUCCGCCAAGGACAUAGUAGAUAACCAUGCCAAGGAGAAUUCUCUGAACAUUGUGACUGAAGAGAGAACCUACCACAUCUACGCAGAGACUCCUGAAGAUGCCAGUGGCUGGUUCAACGUGCUGAGUCGUGUCCAGAGUGCCAGUCCAGACCAGCUGAUGGAGAUACAUCAUGAGCAGGCCAACCCCAAGAACGCUGUGGGAACUGUGGAUGUUGGACUGAUCGACUCUGUGUGCGCGUCAGACAACCCUGACAGACCCAACUCGUUUGUCAUCAUCACUGCUAACCGUGUGAUCCACUGCAACACUGAGAUGCCUGAAGAGAUGCACCACUGGAUCGGCCUGCUGCAGAAACCUAAAGGAGACGCCAGGACAGACGGACAGGACUUCCUGGUCAGAGGUUGGCUUCACAAGGAGAUAAGGGCUAAGAGCACUAGUCUGAAGCUGAAGAAGAGAUGGUUUGUAUUGACCUCUAACUCUCUGGACUACUACAAGUCUUCAGAGCGCAGUGCGUCCAAGCUGGGGACCCUGGUCCUCAACAGUCUCUGCUCUGUGGUCCAGCCCGACGAGAAGGUCUUCAAGGACACCGGUUACUGGAGCAUUAUCGUCCACGGCCGUAAACACUCGUACCACCUCUACACCAAACUACUGAACGAGGCUAUGCGCUGGGCGUCGGCCAUACAGGGGGCUGUCGACAGCAAGGUUCCCAUAGAGACACCCACACAGCAACUCAUCAGGGACAUCAAGGAGAGCAGCAUGAACGUGGAGGCUGUAGAGCAGACGUACUGGAGGAACCCUAUCCUCAGAUAUACCCAGCACCCCCUCCACUCCCCCCUGCUGCCUCUGCCUUACGGGGAGGUCAACAUCCACCUCCAAAAGGAGAAGGGCUAUGCCAGCCUGCAGGAUGAGGCAGUGAAGAUCUUCAACUCUCUACAGGAGAUGGAGGCUGUGUCUGAUCCGGUCCCGAUCAUCCAGGGCAUCCUCCAGACCUGCCACGACCUGCGACUGCUCCGAGACGAGGUCUACUGUCAGCUCAUCAAGCAGACCAAUCAUGUGCCACAGCCCAACAGCUCGGCCAAUCGUGCCCACUGGCACCUCCUCACCUGUAUGAGCUGUACCUUCCUGCCCAGCCGGGGCAUCUUGCGUUACCUCAAGUUCCACCUCAAAAGGGUGAAGGAGCAGUUUCCUGGAACAGAGGUGGACAUGUUUGCCCAUUUCAUAGGUGAGUCUCUGAAGAGGACCAAGGUCAGGGACUGUGUGCCGUCUCAGGAGGAGAUCGUAGCCUUACUGACCAGGCAGGAAAUGACGACUACGGUCUACUGCCACGGAGGAGGAUCCUGCAAGAUCUCCAUCAACUCACACACCACCGCUGGAGAGGUGGUGGAGAAGUUGAUCCGAGGCCUGGCCAUGGAGGACAGUAGAAACAUGUUUUCCCUGUUUCAACACAACAACACUACGGACCGGGCUGUGGAGAGCAGAGUCAUCGUGGCUGACGUACUCGCCAAGUUUGAGAGGCUGUCAGGCAGUGAGGAAGUAGAGGAGGAGGGACAGUGGAAGCUCUACUUCAAACUCUACUGUUUCCUGGAUGUAGAGAGCAUGCCCAAGGAAGGGGUGGAGUUCGCUUUCAUGUUCGAACAGGCUCAUGAGUCUCUGACCAGUGGUCACCUCCCAGCCCCAGAAGACACCCUGCAGCACCUGGCCGCUCUGAGGCUCCAGUUCCUCCACGGAGACAAGGCCCGGGUCAGCUGGUCUCUGGACACCGUCUACCCUGUAGGGAGGCUCCGCGCACGUAUCCUGCACUUCACCAAGGUGGGCGCGGCCGGCGGGACGGGGCCAGGGGGCCACACCCUGGAGCGGAGGCGGACCAGCUUCCUGGACGGGACCCUGCGCCGCAGCGGGCUGAAGACGGGCUCCAUGAAGAAACAGAAGAUGGAGGAGGAACAGAUGCUAGAGAUGUGGGUGAAGGAGGAGACCUCAGCCACCAGAACCUCCAUCUUAGAGAAGUGGUCCCGUCUCCAGGGACUGGACCAGCACACAGCCAUGCUCAAAUACAUGAACAUCAUCAAGGAGUGGCCUGGAUAUGGGUCCACACUGUUCGACGUGGAGUGUAAAGAAGGAGGCUUUCCUCAUGACCUGUGGCUGAGUGUGAGUGCAGAGAACGUGUCGGUCUACAAGAGAGGAGAACCCAAACCUCUGGAGACGUUCCCCUACGAACACAUCAUCUUCUUCGGAUCUCCCCAGGCCACGACCUAUAAGAUCACAGUGGACGACAGAGAGAUGUUCUUUGAGACACCUCUGGUUGGAGAGAUCACCAAGAUCAUGAAAGCCUACAUCAACAUGAUAGUGAAGAAGAGAUGCAGUGUCAGAUCUGUGUCCAGCUACGGAACCAACUGGAUCAGGUGAUUAGGGACAGGACACAGCCCAGCUUGCUUCCCACCGCCCCAGGCUAACAGGACAGGACACAGACCAGUUGACCUCCCACUGCCCCAGGCUAACAGGACAGGACACAGACCAGUUGACCUCCCACUGCCCCAGGCUAACAGGACAGGACACAGACCAGUUGACCUCCCACUGCCCCAGGCUAACAGGACAGGACACAGACCAGUUGACCUCCCACUGCCCCAGGCUAACAGGACAGGACACAGCCCAGCUUGCUUCCCACCGCCCCAGGCUAACAGGACAGGACACAGACCAGUUGACCUCCCACUGCCCCAGGCUAACAGGACAGGACACAGACCAGUUGACCUCCCACUGCCCCAGGCUAACAGGACAGGACACAGCCCAGUUGACCUCCCACUGCCCCAGGCUAACAGGACAGGACACAGACCAGUUGACCUCCCACUGCCCCAGGCUAACAGGACAGGACACAGCCCAGUUGACCUCCCACUGCCCCAGGCUAACAGGACAGGACACAGACCAGUUGACCUCCCACUGCCCCAGGCUAACAGGACAGGACACAGACCAGUUGACCUCCCACUGCCCCAGGCUAACAGGACAGGACACAGACCAGUUGACCUCCCACUGCCCCAGGCUAACAGGACAGGACACAGCCCAGCUUGCUUCCCACCGCCCCAGGCUAACAGGACAGGACACAGACCAGUUGACCUCCCACUGCCCCAGGCUAACAGGACAGGACACAGACCAGUUGACCUCCCACUGCCCCAGGCUAACAGGACAGGACACAGACCAGUUGACU